AUGUCAUACACAUUGUUUGUCAACAUCGCCUUGUAUACGAGGAAUUUAUCCGCACGCCUAACAGAAUUCAAUGCCAUACAGCAGAGUCUAGGGCGUGCAUGGACAAAGGCUAAAAACUGCUCAAGACUGCUUUGCUCUACCCAUACUCCAGAUAAGGUUCCUGGCCAUUCUCUCUCUCUCUCUCUCUCUCUCUCUCUCUCUCUCUCUCUCUCUAUCUAUCUAUCUAUCUAUCUAUCUAUCUCAAGAGAAGAGAGAGUACAAUUGCCUGGACGCUCCCUUGAGGUUUUUUAUCUCUCACCCGAACUCUUCCUCACUAUACAUCUUUUCUCUCUCUCUCUCUCUCUCUCUCUCUCUCUCUCUCUCUUUCUCCAUCCUCCCUAUCCUCACUUCACUCAUGACUACUCAUUUUCAUUAUCUAUCUAUCUAUCUAUCUAUCUAUCUAUCUAUCUAUCUAUCUAUAACUUGUUAUCUAUUGAUAAAUUGUUAUCUAUCAGUUCAUAUUUACCCCUGCUAUUUCAUUAUCUAUCUAUCUAUCUAUCUAUCUAUCAGUAUGGAUGUCUGUCUAUACAUUUUCAUUUUCUAUCUGUCUAUCAAUCUAUCUCAGUUCAUAUUUAUCUACCUAUUCCUUUUCUAUCUAUCUAUCUAUCUAUCUAUCUAUCUAUCUAUCUAUAUAUAUAUAUAUAUAUAUAUAUAUAUAUAUAUAUCGAUGUCUAUGACUUUUCAUUAUCUAUCUAUCUGUUUAUCUAUCUAUCUAUCUAUCUAUCGAUAACUUUUUCUCUAUCUAUCUAUCUAUCUAUCUAUCUAUCUAUCUAUCUAUCUAACCUUAACCUUUUCAAAAAGAAUCCAACUACCCGUGAAAAUUUCACGGCUUUACCGUUUUCAUUUCUUUCUUUGUUUCUUUGUUUCUUUUCUUUCUUUCUUUCUUUCUUUCUUUCUUUCUUUCUUUCUUUCUUUCUUUCUUUCUUUCUUUCUCCAUUUUAUUCUUUCAUAUUUCUUAUUACCCAUACUUUAUCUCUUACAUGGUUUUCCUCAACUCUCCAGUUAAUUAAUAAAUAUUCUUUCUUUCUUUCUUUCUUUCUUUCUUUCUUUCUUUCUUCCAUCCUUUCUUUCUUUCUCAUCAUAUUUCUAAUCUUUCAUUCUUUCUUUCUUUUUCUUUCUUUCUUGAAUUCUCUUUUCUUUCUUUCUUAUUGA